AUGCCCUCAUGUUACUGAGUCAAGUGAUUGUGUACUCUGUAUACGUAGAUAUGAGUACCUACAUUUACAACAUAUCGUAUUGAGAAACAGAUAGCCUACAACAAGGCCGCCAGAUAUACUAACUAAUGUACACUGAGCCGCUAGGAACGUCAUGUUUUAAUCUGAACCUCGUAGCCUACAACACACGGGGGACUUACACUGGAUUUUAAGUAUUAUGUCACUUAGAAAAUUGGGGAGCGAGUAUGGUUCAGCGAUAUUAGAGCGUGUGUUGCAGACCAAUGUCCUAGAUAAAUGGAUGUCACAAUGCAUCCACGGUUUCAGAAGGCAUACUAGGAGUAAGUCUACAAACAUUAAUUGUCUACGAGGAAAAACCGCCCUUGUUACUGGUUCAACCAGUGGUAUAGGAUUAAGUGUGGCUCGGCCACUGGCAGAAAAUGGAUGUAACAUUGUUUAUACGGGAUUCUCAGACAAACAGCACAUCGACAAUAUAAAGUCUGAGUUAGAAAAACAUGAAUAUGUAAAAGCUGUCUACAUAGAUGCUGACCUAAGCAAUUCGGAUGAUAUAGCAAGACUUGGUGACCAAAUAAACAACAAGGUUCCUGAAGGCAUUGAUAUUCUCGUAAAUAAUGCAGGGUUUCAACACGUGUCCCUUGUUGAGGAAUGUAGUGCCAAAAAAUGGGAUUCGAUGCUUACUGUGAUGCUUACUGCUCCUUUCCUACUGACGCAGCACUUCAUACCAGCCAUGCGAUGUAAAGGAUGGGGCCGAAUAAUCAACAUGGCGUCAGCACAUGGUCAUGUGGCUUCUCCACGCAAGGCUGGUUACGUCACUUGUAAACAUGGCAUUAUCGGUCUUACUAAGGUUGUUGCACUGGAAACAGCAGGUUCUGGGGUUACGUGCAAUGCUGUAUGUCCAGGCUACGUCAACACCCCACUGUUCCAGGAGCAAGUGACAAGUCUGUCCACUAACAGAGGCAUAACAUACAAAGAGGCAGAGGUUGAAUUUCUCAGUCGGUAUCAUGAGACUAAACAAGCGGUGGACGUGUGUGACGUAGCAUCCCUCGUGCUUUACUUGUGCUCAAAUGCUGCCUCGCAGAUCACAGGAUCUUCACUUGUCAUCGACGGUGGUUGGACUGCGAAAUGAUUGAGAGGUUGUCCCCUCGGUUGACCAUCAGUUUCGUCAACUCAAUGUUUUAGAAAAACAUUGGAGUAAUAUCUUUAGUAUUCCUCAUGAUAAAACGUUUUAUGAUAAAAUAUAUUCCUUGAAAAUAACAAA